GUCGAGAAGGAGGGGUGUGAGCAUGUAAUUACGUGGGUUCAAAAAAAAAAAAAGUUGGUCUGAUUUGCUGGAAUCGCGCACGCAGGAACGAAGGUGCGCCACAUAUGAAGCAGUGCGAGCUCAGGGCGCAACAUCACGCGCGCACACACACACACGCGCGUGAAAAAAAAACACAAAACCAACACACGCUGCAGCUCCACUUUGACGUCUGCUGCAUUUGUUGCUUUUUUCACCCCGUUCCGACAAUCUUUCGGACUGCGAAAACAGAGGCAAAGUUGAUGGAUUUUCUCCGAGGGUUUCUUCUGGCUUGCUGCGGAUGAGUACGGCUCGCGGUGCGGGAAUGGCGCGAUAAAAGUCACCAGCAACUCUUUUUUCCCCCCCUUCUUCUCCCCGCUCACUUUGCUGUGCAGCCGACUCGUCAUGUAUUCUCCAAUUUGUCUUACUCAGGAUGAGUUCCAUCCCUUCAUCGAGGCCCUCCUGCCGCACGUCCGCGCCAUCGCCUACACGUGGUUCAACCUGCAGGCCAGGAAGCGCAAGUACUUCAAGAAGCACGAGAAGCGGAUGUCCAAGGACGAGGAACGUGCCGUCAAGGACGAGCUCCUCGGCGAGAAGGCCGAGGUCAAGCAGAAGUGGGCCUCGCGGCUGCUGGCCAAGCUACGCAAGGACAUCCGGCAGGAGUACCGCGAGGACUUUGUGCUGAGCGUGACGGGCAAGAAGCACCCGUGCUGCGUGCUCUCCAACCCGGACCAGAAGGGCAAGAUCCGCCGCAUCGACUGCUUGCGGCAAGCCGACAAAGUCUGGCGCCUGGACCUGGUCAUGGUCAUCCUCUUCAAAGGCAUCCCCCUGGAAAGUACGGAUGGCGAGCGCCUGGUCAAGUCGCCGCAUUGCACCAACCCAGCACUUUGCGUCCAGCCGCACCACAUCACCGUCUCCGUCAAGGAGCUGGACUUGUUCCUCGCCUACUAUGUCCAGGAUCAAGACUCCCAGCAGUCAGGAAGUCCCAGUAACAAUGAGCCAGGCAAGAACCCUCUUCCAGUCUAUUUGGAAGACAGCUUCAUCAAAUCGGGAGUGUUCAGCGUUGCCGAACUGGUGCGGGUGUCCAGAAUGCCCAUCACCCACGGUGCGGCGGUCAACUUCUCCAUGGCGGACAUGCCCGGGCAACCCUACUACCACGACCUCAACUCCGGCGUGGGGAUGCACCGCUCCCUGUCCUCCCCUCCCGGCAGGUCAGCAAGCUCGCGACUCGAGCGCACUCCGCAAAGCCCCUAUCUCGCCGAGCGGCAAAGCAAAAGGCCCAAAACCGUCAACCUGGAGGAGAACAUGGACACCAGCCCGACCGGACCCGACUUCUACUCGUCGCCCAGCUCGCCGGCCAGCGGUCGGGCAAACUGGCACGACCGAGACGGAGCAGACAUGUCGUCCCCCACCAUGAAGAAGCCGGAGAAGGCCAUGUUUAGCCCCACCUCCCCGCAAGACUCCUCGCCGCGAAUCAGCACUUUUCCUCAGCCUCACCACCCGGGCCUGACGGGCGUGGGACACAGUGUUAUUUCCACGAGGAGCCCCCCGCCGCACUCGCCGCUGCAGUUCUCCGCCUCGGCCAUCCUGCCGCCCGCGCCGUCGUCCUACUUCCCGCACACCACCAUCCGCUACCCGCCCCACCUCAACCCGGCCGACCCGCUCAAGAGCUACGUGCCGUCGUACGACCCGUCCAGCCCGCAGAGCAGCCAGCCUAACAGCAGCGGCCAGGUGGUGGGCAAAGUCCCGGGCCACUUCACGCCGGUCCUGGCUCCCUCCCCGCACCACGGCGCCGUGCGACCCGUCUCGCUGUCCAUGCCCGACACCAAGCCCAUCACUACGUCAACCGAAGGCUACUCGGCUCCCGGCACCCCGACGGCUAACCGAUUCGUCGGCCUGAGCCCGCGAGAUCCCGCCUUUCUGCACCAGCAACAGCUGAAGAAGUGUGACUGGAGCGUGACUCCAAACGGCAGGCAUUACGGCCCCAGUGCCGCCGACGACACUUUGGGGAUUGCUUGGCAAAGUCCUGGUACCUGGGCGAGCUUAGUUCCAUUCCAAGUGCCGAACGGGACGCCGAUUCUGCCAACAAAUGUCCACCAGAACUACAGCAUAAGCAUCAUUGGUGAGCCGCUGGUCCCCGCCGAGACCGGGAACUGAGGCUGGAGCGCUGCUUCGGAGGAGGUGUGCUUUUGGCUUUGGGCUUUUUUUUUUUUUUUUUUUUUGCGGGGGGGGCUGAAACCAGCAAAUGCAGCAGCAGCUGUACAAUCUUAACACUCUUCCCAAACGACCCCCUCGCCCGCUUUUGCCUGGGCCGUGAUGGAUGCUGAAGGAAGGAAAAAAGCUUCAGGUGCCCCCCCUUCCCCCCUCCUACACUCACAUCACCCCCACCCACCCACCCACCCACCCACACACACACACACACACACACACACAUACAGUAUACACGCACCAGCCAGUUGUUGUUUGCAGAACUUUGCGAUGCAUUCAAAUACUGUGAUGUACAGAUGCCUUAAUGUUCUACUGCAUGACACUCAAAACGUGUGCUUCGGAUGACAAACAAAACUUUCAGAGUGCUUCGUGGUGGAGCCGGGAGAGAAGCAAAGUGUCCAUUUGUUCUUUUUCUUCCAACCGUGACGAGCGUUAACUACUUGAGAUUGGAGCCCUCGCUAAAAAAAAAAAAAAAAAAAUAAAAAAAAAGAUGUUUGAGCCCUUUCAAAAAGGAAGAGCGAUUUCCAUGGAGGCAAGUGCAAUUGAAUUUUUUUUUGGAAGGGAAGUUAUCAGUCUGUCCGCCCUCAGACUCUAAAGGAAAGGGGGAGAAACAUGCGACGGUUGUAGGAGCAAAAUGUUGCUUUUUUUUUUUCUUCUUUUGUUUCACAAUUUGAGUUCAGUCCCAUGCAAUCCCAGCAGCAACACCAGCACUUGUUUUUUUUUUUUUUUUUAUUCCGUGCCCCUCCCCAAUUGUACAGGGACACGUUGUUUAGCCUUUUCUUAUUUAUAUCUUGGAAAAGGGGAGACGAGCCCUUAGAGAAUGAAAUGAACACAUAUACUGUGUUUACAAAAACAAAAAAAAUUCACAUUUUUGGCCGUUGGCUUUGAAAGCGAAUGUUUACAAGAGGAAGAAACCCGUACAUUGACGGAAAAGUCCGGAGAAAUUGUCAAUCAGUCAGGCGGUGGCAAAAAAAAUGAAAAAAGUGGCGCUGACGGCCAUCAGCCUCCGCAGUCUUCACUUCAUUUGCACGACGAUACGUGACGUCCACAUGACGUGCCUUUUUGCAUAUCUCCCCAUACACACACACACACACACACACACACACACACACACACACACACACACAUUUUGCUCUUUCAUCAUGGUAGGAACACACAGAGUUGACAUUUGAACGUUUUUGUACUCUGAACUUCAUGUACGUUUUUUUUUUCCCCAUGUCACAGUUCCGCCGCAUAACCCGGCUGUGUAUAGUCACGUUUGUAAUCGCUUUGGGUUGUGUUGUUGUUAUUUUAAAAAAAAACAAUUUUUUUUCAUCCCUCCAGUAUUCCCCCAAUGGCUUUUCUAAUAACCUAUCAUCUUUCUCUCCCCUUUCGGCGCUCAUUGUCCUUGAAUUGAGAAUGAUGACAAUUAUGCAAUACCAAGUUUUGCCUAUGUAGGUAGUGCUUAUAGACGACGUCAAAUAUUAGAGGCUAGUUUGGAGAUAGACGCUAUUGUAAUGCAUUUAUUUUCUUGAUCUACUUGUUGAUGUUGUUGUUGUUGUGGGUCGUUUGGCCAUUCUUUUUUUUUUUUUGGGUGGGGGGCUGCUGUCUAUGCAGUGUACGACAAGGUCUUCUCUUCUAGCUUAGCUUCAGAACGUUGCGUUUUGAUUUCCCUUCCUUCACGUCACGCACGUCCGUGCUGUUCCUUCAGCUGCAAAGUCAGUCACUCGUCAUUUUCGCUUCCGGAGAGACAACUCGACUUGAGGCCAGGACAAUCACACUAAGACAUCACACACACACACACACACACGUCAUUUGGAUGCAAUUCCCGAGUAGAUGCCUUAACGGCGGCGGUGGCGAGCCGCGGCCAUGCCACCUGCGCAACAAUCACUCACAGCGACCAAUCCUGGCGAGGGCCCGUCUCGAUCGGUGUCCGUCGACUGUACAGACGUACGUCGUCCGUGCACGACCUGCGCCGGGAAAGCAAUUCCACUUCAGAGAAAUGACGAUUAAUCACACUUGUGACAGUUUGUCCGCUUUAUCGCGUUCAGAUGAAAAUCUGGGGG